AUGCACGGGCAACUAGUCCAGUCAAAUCAAGAGUCGGAAUUCACAGACCAACAACUCGGUGUGGUCGGUGAUACAGUGCUACGUUAUGUGCUGCUAAUGCUACCGACAGCUAGGCACUGGUCCUGGCACAAAUUUAGGCCAUUGCCGGGAAAAAAGCUUGGAUUUGGACAGCUCCCAAAGCAUGCAGUGCUGCUGGCCCUCAAGUGCUCCUGCACAGGUACAGCAUCGCUUGCACAAAGGAGGAUCUGCCUUUCCGCAUGGUUCUUCGAAGACCGCGCCGACACCGCCCUUUGCAAUUACUUCGACUCUCAUGCGAAAGUCCUUCGUCACCCUUUCAACGAGGAUCUUGCUCUGAAGCUACAGUUGCUCGGGAUCCUGAUGUCAACCUGUCGAGCAAGUGCCUUAGGCCACGCUUAUUGUGUCGCUUGCUCGAAGCUGUACAGGUCCUCGCACGACUGUUUGAUCAGGAAAUCAGCUGUUCAAUAG